AUUGGUACACAGAUCACAGACCAUUUUGAGGUCGUCGAAAAGACAUCUGAAAAGAUCGUGGUCCGUUGUGGCGAUUCCCCAUUGAAACGUGAUGUUCGCGCAUCCGAUGGCCUGUUCGAAAUAUCUGCCGUCGUUAAGCCGGAGGAAGGCGUGUUUGAGUUUGGACUCAAAAGUGUCUUCUACCAGGGGCUGGGAAAGACUAAGGGGGAACCGAUGCCUGCGCACGUUUUCUGGCUGCACCAGCAAUAUACGAAACUGUUACUCGAAACAGCAGUACGGAACGUG